AUGCAGGCGCUGACCGAACAGGCGCAGGCGACGUUGCCUGCCGCCGGUGUGUUCGUCAGCGACGUGCAAGGGGGUACGGCAGCGGCGCAGUCCCGCUUGCGAAGGCAGGACGUGAUCGUACGUAUCGACGGGGACGAGGUCAGCGACCUGCGUGACUUCUAUCGGUUGAUCGAUGCCAAGCAGGAGGGCGUGUUCGAAAUCCAGGUGUGGCGGGAUGACCGUGAGGUCACCGUGCGACUGAACCGCUGA